AUGAUGCCCGUCAAAUGGCCCUCCAGGUCAAAGCAGGCUAAUCUGCGGUACAUGGUUGACGCAGAAGCUUGGAAGCUAAUGCAUGGCCGUGACAAUGACCCAACAACCCAAAGCGAACUCAGCAGUGAAGAGUUGGAGAAUGAUGAGCCUCCAGGUGGUGCAUUCACGCUCAUGCUGCCUCCAACUAUCAAGGGUUAUGGCUUUCACAACAAGAAAUGGAAUACACUGCUGGUGGAACAUAUACAGGAUAUCAAAUGGAACAGUGGAGUCUUCGAGAACCGACUGGUUCUCCAGGAAGACAAGAAAGAGCUGGUAAAAGCCCUAGUCACGGUCCACAUUGAGAAGAGCCGUGAGAUCAAGACCGACUUCAUGGACGGAAAGGGUGAAGGUCUUAUCAUACUGCUUCAUGGCGGACCAGGUACUGGCAAGACCCUCACCGCGGAAAGUAUUGCCGAACUCGUUCAUCGUCCUCUUUAUAGGGUGACUUGUGGAGAUAUUGGGACAGAUGCCGAAAGCGUCGAGAAGUAUCUUGAGUCGGCCUUGUUCAUCGGAAACACCUGGGACUGUGUGGUCCUACUGGAUGAAGCAGACGUGUUUCUCGAAGAGAGAACGAAGAUGGAUCUUCAACGCAACGCGCUGGUCUCCGUGUUCCUACGCGUGCUAGAGUACUACGAUGGUAUCUUGAUCUUGACGACAAACCGCAUCGGUACCUUCGAUGAAGCAUUCAAGUCACGCAUACAGCUCGCGCUCCACUACCCGCCGCUGAACAGAGAUGGCCGUUGGGAAGUCUGGAGGAACUUUGUCAAGUCAUUGUCGGAGGCUGGUGAGAACAUCAACACCGAAGAAAUAACCAACAAGCUCGAUAUCCUCGCCCGACACAAACUGAACGGUCGCCAGAUUAGGAACACGAUCAACACAGCUCGCCAGCUGGCGCUGUACAAAAAGGACUCACUGCGCUACGCGCAUGUAGACCAGGCUGUCCGGGUUGUCAACGAGUUUGAGAAGUACGUGACCGACGUACACGGUCAUGACGAUGAGGAAUAUGCGCGAGAUCAAGGCUUGAGGAACGAUGAUGCUUUGCAGGUAGACUGA